CACGUUAUCACCGCGGGUCUUUGAAUCACUCACACACAUCGACCAAUCACAAAACAAAGAGAGAUUUCCGUCCAAUCACACUUCACCCGGGCAACACCACUUCCCGGUUGAGUUCCCAUGCUUGUUGUGUGCCUUCCACAGUGCCAGCACGUUUCUCUCGUAAUUCAGCAGUAAAUCACCUCAUGGCCAAAGAAAAAUCUUUGAAACUGGGAUCAAACCCUCCUAAAAGGAAAAAGUUGGGUUCAGAUGCCGGCGGAGUUCAUGCAGAAGAAACAAUGGGUGCUGAAGUAAAAAAGAAAAGGAAGAAGAUGCAAGUAGAGGAGGUUCCAGUGCAGAUUCCUCAACAGACAAAUACAGCACAUGAUAAAAAACAGAAAAGGGAGAAGAAACGCAAAAAGAAUCAAGUGACAGAGCAAACACAGACCAAACAAAACAAGAUUUCAGAUCCACCCAGUCGCCCUGAGGGGACACACGAGGGAGAGGAAGACUUGAGUCCCGAGGAGAAGCGGGUCCUGGAGAGGAAGAUGAAGAAGAUCCUGAAAAAGGAAGAGAAGAAGAGGCUUAAAGCUGAGGGAGAGACCUUGAAGAAAACAGAAGCAUCUGGACCCACCGCACCUCAGCAGGCCUUAGAUUACCUCACCUGCUGGGCUGAGAACCGUGCAGAGUGGAAGUUCCAGAAGACCAGGCAGACAUGGCUACUGCAGCACAUGUUCAACUCUGAAAAGAUUCCAGAUGAGAAGUUCUCCGUGCUGCUCGAGUACCUGGAGGGGCUCCGUGGAAGGGCUAAGGACACUACAGUGCAGAAGGCCUUAGCUCUGGUUGAAGAGUCAGGGAACGCACCAGAGGAAGUGGAUGUCCAGCAGAGGGCGCACAGAGCCAGAGAAGUUAUCCAGCUGCUUUCCUGACCCACCACUACUACAGGAAGACAUCACAUCCACCAGG